GGCCGCCCGUGACAGGUGCGCGCGGGCCCGGCGGCUGCGUGCCGACGCUCCCCCCCCCCCCCCCCGGGGGACGACGACAGCGACGACAGCGACGACAGCGACGCCGACAUGAAUCUGCACCAGGUGCUGACGGGCGCCGUGAACCCCGGGGACCACUGCUUCGCCGUGGGCAGCGUCGGCGAUCAGCGCUUUACGGCCUACGCUUCUGGAUGUGAUAUUGUGAUCCUGGGAAGUGACUUUGAAAGAUUACAGAUAAUCCCUGGAGCUAAGCAUGGAAACAUCCAAGUGGGAUGUGUGGAUUGUUCAAUGCAACAAGGGAAGAUUGCAGCCUCCUACGGAAAUAUUAUCUGUGUUUUUGAACCGGUUAACUUACUGAAAGCAAAGAACAAUCCUCGAGCAGGAUUAUUUAACCAGUGGCAGAAAAGCGGCCAAUUUGUUCUGGAGUCGAUAGCACAUAAUAUUACGUGGGAUCCCGCAGGUUUGCUCCUCUUGACUGGUUCCAGUUGUCUGCAGCUCUGGCGCACUGCUCAUUUGGAGAAGCCAUCCGAGGAUGCGAGUCUCGAAAGAACAGAUCUUAACUUUGGGGAUUGGAGGUGUAUUUGGAACUGCAAAACUGCAUCCCAAGUACACUUAAUGAAAUUUUCACCAGAUGGAGAAUUUUUUGCAACAGCAGGAAAGGACGACUGCCUUUUGAAAGUUUGGUAUAACACUGAUAGCUGGCGGUCAUCGGUUGCCUCUCAUGAUACCCUAACUCCCGAAAAGCAGACCCAAGGAGAAGUUGACUUUUCAUUUAUCUACCUGGCCCAUCCCCGUGCAGUAAAUGGAUUUUCUUGGCGAAAGACCAGCAAAUACAUGCCUAGGGCUUCUGUUUGUAAUGUUCUGCUGACCUGCUGCAAAGAUAACGUGUGUCGUUUGUGGGCAGAGACUUUCCUACCAAAUGAUAGUCUGCUGUUCGGGGGUGACUGCAGUCACUGGACGGAACCUGCCAAUUUGACAAAUAACUGCAAGAGAAAUGCCUCCAGCAAGGAAAGGGUUCAAAGCGCUUUGGAAGUAAACCUGAGGCAUUUUCGCCGAGGAAGGAGGAGAUCACUUGCCCUGACAGCCCAUACAGGAUACUUGCCUCAUCAGCAGGAUCCUCAUCAAGCCCAUCGGAAUACUCCUUUGCAUGCCAACGCACUCUGUCACUUUCAUAUUGCUGCCAGCAUAAACCCAGCCACAGACAUUCCUCUGCUCCCUUCUAUCACAUCUUUGAGUCUCAGUGAAAAUGAAGAGAAGAGUGGGCCUUUUGUAGUGCACUGGCUGAACAAUAAAGAAUUGCAUUUCACUUUGUCGAUGGAAGUGUUUUUACAGCAACUGAAAAAGAGUUUCGAACAACAGUCUCCUGAGGCCAGUACGGAAGAAUCUAAUCAGUUCGCAGAUGGCAAAUCUGACGAAGAAACAGAUGACAACCCUGAUGAUCCAAAAACAAAUCACGAGAAGGAGUUGAGUAGUGAGAAAACCGUCCAAAGUUCAGGCCUUGUUUCCCUGCCUUCUGCCAUUAUCGAUCAAGAGAUCGAAUUGCUUCUGGCCGAAUGGAGUAAAAACGCAGACAUGCUUUUCAGUAUUCAUCCCGUGGAUGGUUCUCUGCUGGUUUGGCACGUGGAUUGGCUGGAUGAAUACCAGCCUGGCAUGUUUCGUCAGGUUCAGGUGUCCUUUGCCUCCAGAAUUCCGGUAGCCUUUCCCACUGGUGAUGCAAACUCCCUUUGCAGAAGCAUAGUGAUGUAUGCCUGUACUAAGAAUGUGGAUCUGGCGAUUCAACAGGGCAGACAGAAGCCCUGUGGUCUCACGCGGUCUACGUCAAUGCUCAUCUCUUCCGGUCACGGUAAAUCGGCCAACAGCUUAAAGUUAAGCAUCUUCACUCCGAACGUCAUGAUGAUCUCAAAGCACGCGGACGGAUCUUUGAAUCAGUGGCUAGUCAGUUUUGCAGAGGAGUCUGCGUUUUCCACAGUGCUCAGUAUUUCCCACAAGUCCAGAUACUGCGGACACCGCUUCCAUCUUAACGACCUGGCUUGCCACUCGGUGUUACCGCUGCUGCUGACGACAUCGCACCACAACGCCUUACGGACGCCAGAUGUCGAUGACCUAAAACAACCGUACAGUGCUUUGAAUCCCGAGGAGUCGACUGUGGGACGCCAGAAUCGAGGCACCAGAGACGUAACGUUCCAGGACCCCAAUGCGGUUUAUAGCGAGCUGAUUCUUUGGAGAGUCGAUCCAGUUGGGCCGUUGUCCUUUUCCGGUGGCGUUUCCGAGCUGGCGCGGAUUAAUUCCCUUCACGUUUCAGCCUUUUCCAAUGUCGCGUGGCUGCCUACACUUAUACCUAGUUACUGCUUAGGUGCAUACUGCAACUCUCCUAGUGCUUGCUUUGUGGCAAGUGAUGGACAGUAUCUGAGAUUAUAUGAAGCUGUGACUGAUGCCAAAAAACUUUUAUGUGAACUGUCUAACCCUGAAAUUUCUAAAUAUGUUGGUGAAGUAUUUAACAUUGUAAGUCAGCAAUCAACAGCAAGACCCGGAUGCAUUAUAGAGUUAGAUGCUAUUACAGAACUCCAUGGCAGAAAAACACAGCUUCUUCAUGUUUUUCAAGAAGACUUCAUUUUGAAUAAUCAAGAGAAGAAAAGGCCAGCAAAGGACAGCAUUUUAUCAGACUCCGGUAAUCCACCGGAUGGAUUUUCUGAAAAAUUUUACCUAAUCGUGAUUGAGUGCACCCAAGACAAUCGUUCGCUACUACAUAUGUGGAAUUUACACUUAAAAUCCAUUCCAGUCUCAAUGGAUGAGAAGCUUGACAGCAGUGUACCCGAAGCACUGUUACAACAGGCACAGGUGUAUUCCUCUUCUCCAGAAAAGAUCCAGUCCCCUUUCGUACAGAAGUAUCAAGCUUGCAGAGCUAACCUUCAGAGUACCAGCAAAUUGAAACUUUCUUCAGAAAUGGUUUACAGCCAAGAGCUGAAUUUACCAGCAGGAGUUGAAAUAAUCAGUGUUAAGCCAUCAGCAGGGCAUCUGAGUUCCUCUUCAAUAUAUCCUGUUUGUAGUGCCCCUUAUUUACUGGCAACCUCAUGCUCAGAUGAGAAGGUGAGAUUUUGGAGAUGCAGAGUGACCAGCGAAGAAGCCGUCACUUCGGAGAGUACUGGAAUCACGAUGGAUACGUAUAUUUGGGAAGAAUGGCCAUUACUCAUCGAGGAUGGACUUCACAGUAGCAGUGUUGUAAAUAUACCCGGCAGGCCCAUUGAAGUUAGCUGCGCGCACACAAAUCGUUUAGCCGUAGCAUACAUGCAGACGGCGACUAACAGUAGAUCUUCCCAAGGCUUUAUGAUGCACGUCAGUAUUUUUGAAUGUGAAUCUACAGGAGGCUCAUGUUGGAUUCUGGAGCAGACGAUCCAUUUAGAUGAACUGAACGUAAUGCUGGAUGCUGGCAUUGGGAUCGAUAGCAAUUUAGUGACUUACAGUAAGCAAGAGGUUUAUUUGUCUGGUAAAGAGAAUAUUUUGCCAAGCACAAAGCACUUGGUUCACUUAGACUGGAUGUCUCGAGAGGACGGUUCGCACAUCCUGACCGUAGGAAUCGGGCCCAAGCUCUUUAUGUACGGACAGCUGGCUGGGCGGAUUCAGGAACAGAGCGGGAAAGAGAGCUCGGCGCUUCCACUCUGGGAAGACAGCAAAGGCACGUGUCUUUCCAAAUUCGUAUUGCUGCGGUGCGUCGACUUGAUCUCGUCUGUAGAAGGAUCGCCGCCGUUCCCCGUCUCUCUGUCGUGGGUACGCGAUGGCAUCCUCGUUGUGGGGAUGGACUGCGAAAUGCACGUUUAUUCUCAGUGGCAGCCGGCUUCCAAACAAGAGCCUGUCGUCGCAGAUUCGUGUAGCGGGAGCACCCCCUCUCUAGUCAGUUUAAUGAAACAGAGCAGUUCGUCCGGUUCCGGCCUACACCCACCAAAGAAACCUCUGACCAGAUCCACGACCAGCCUCGCGCAGAAAAUCUGUGGCAAGAAAACCGCAUUCGAUCUCACUGUGGACAUGGAAGAUUCGGGGCUUUUCGAAGCGGCUCAUGUGCUGUCCCCGACUUUACCUCAGUAUCACCCACUGCAGCUCUUGGAACUCAUGGAUCUUGGCCGAGUGCGUAGAGCCAAGGCCAUCCUGGCUCAUUUGGUCAAGUGUAUCGCCGGGGAAGUUGUGGCUUUGAAUGAGUCUGAAUCCAAUCACGACCGCCGACUCCGGUCUCUCACUAUCAGUGCCAGCGGUAGCACCACAAGAGACCCCCAGGCGUUCCACAGGACAGACAAUACGGAUUACACAGAGAUAGAUUCCGUUCCUCCCCUCCCUCUCUAUGCUCUUCUCGCUGCAGAUGAGGACAGCUCACAUUCUCUGGAAAAGCCUCCCCACAAGAGUACCUUGGCUAAACCAAAGGAAGUACCUGGGGAAAAUUACGACGAACUCUUUCGGAUCGCAGCCCCGACACCAGACUAUAUCGACGUAUUGGAGGUAGACGAAGAAGAUGUAAAACCCGAGGUCAUCGAUCUUUCUCAAUACGGUCCGACUUACUUUGGUCCUGAACACGCCCAGGUUCUUUCGAGCCAUUUGCUUCGUUCGAGCUUGCCAGGACUCAACAGGAUGGAGCAGAUGUCACUGAUGGCCUUGGCGGACACCAUUGCGACAACCACCACUGAUAUUGGAGAAAGCAGAGACCGAAGUCAAGGUGGAGAAACCCUUGAUGAAUGUGGGUUAAAAUUUCUUUUGGCUGUUCGGCUACAUACAUUUCUCACAACUUCCCUACCGGUGUAUCGAGCUCAGCUGUUUCAUCAAGGCUUGUCAACUAGCCAUUUUGUCUGGGCCUUUCAUUCAGUAGCAGAAGAAGAACUGCUGAACAUGCUCCCUGCAAUGCAGAAGAAUGAUCCAACUUGGUCUGAACUCCGAGCAAUGGGGGUGGGAUGGUGGGUUCGGAAUAUCUCCAUUCUGCGAAGAUGCAUAGAAAAGGUGGCAAAAGCAGCAUUUUAUCGAAAGAAUGAUCCAUUAGAUGCUGCCAUUUUUUACCUUGCAAUGAAAAAGAAAGCUGUGAUUUGGGGACUGUACAGGUCCCAAAAAGAAACCAAGAUGACACAGUUUUUUGGGCACAAUUUUGAGGAUGACAGAUGGCGUAAAGCAGCAUUAAAAAAUGCCUUUUCUUUGCUGGGAAAACAGCGAUUUGAACAUUCAGCUGCAUUUUUUCUCUUAGCUGGUUGCUUACGAGACGCAGUUGAGGUAUGUCUUGAGAAACUGAAUGACAUUCAGCUGGCCCUUGUAAUAGCGAGACUUUAUGAAUCAGAAUUUGAUACCUCUGCAACAUACAAGUCAAUACUGCACAAGAGAAUUUUGGGACUAGACACUUCAGUCAAAGAACCUGGUUCAUUUGACAUGCACUCUGACCCAUUUCUUCGAAGUAUGGCUUAUUGGAUUUUGGAAGAUUAUAGCAGGGCCCUUGAUACUUUAAUAAAGCAACCCGUGAGAGAAGAAGAAGGAGAUCAAAGCACCAUGUCAUCAGCCUGUAAUCCUGCAGUGUUUAAUUUCUACAAUUACCUUCGAACACAUCCUCUGUUGCUGAGACGUCAUUUUGGCUCUUCUGUUGUAUCUUCCACAAAGAUUUGUUUAACGGGAGAAAAUGGACUAGCAGGCAACAUUAAUUUAAGUGAAAGAAAAUUGUUUUUCACAACCGCUCACGCUCAUUUAAAAGCCGGAUGCCCCAUGUUGGCCUUGGAAGUGUUAUCUAAGAUGCCCAAAGUGAUCAAGAAGUCAAAGCCCUUUUGUAGAAGUUCUAGUUUGAUGGACACUAGUAAAGACUGUUCUCCAUCUUCUCCUUUGAAGUUAGAUGGCAAGCAAUUCAAGUCUUGUAGUGUAGACUGGUCUCAAUCAAUAAUAAACAGCCUGGGAUCAUCUUCUGACUGUUCAUCAGAUAAGCAGUCCAACUCCACCCUUUCUUUUGACUGGAGUCAACCGAGUAUGGUAUUCCAGGAUGAGUCUUUAGAGUUAAAGUGGGAUAGUGAUAAAGAUGAGGAAAAUGAGGAUACUCCUCUUUCAAUGAAAGAACUCAAACCGCCUAAGAAAGAAGUGGAUGACAAGCUAGAUGGGACUAGAACCAGCUACACGGAUUCUUUUAGCCCCGUAGAUGAAUGUGAUAUUUUGAAUCCGUCAGACGAUAUAAUUGCCGUGCAGUUGAAAUUUAGAGCCUGCUUAAAGAUUCUCACGGUCGAGCUUCGUACACUAUCCACCGGGUAUGAAAUAGAUGGUGGGAAAUUAAGAUACCAGCUCUAUCACUGGCUUGAAAAAGAGGUAGUGGCUCUUCAGAAGACCUGUGAUUACUGUGCUGCCGUUGAAGAAUCACAACCUGAAUGUAGCGAAACAGAUGACAUUGCAUCCUGUGCAGAUGACGCUACGCUGGACCGGCAAAAAGGAAGGAAACAACUGAGAGAGAAUUUUCGGAAGCGACGGCAGUGGCUUCUGAAGUAUCAGUCCCUUCUUAGGAUGUUCCUUAGUUACUGUAUUCUUCAUGGAUCUCAUGGUGGAGGUCUCGCAUCUGUGAGAAUGGAAUUGAUUUUACUUUUACAAGAAUCCCAACAGGAACAAUCGGAUCUCCUAUUUCCUAGCCCUCUGGCAGAGCAGAACUCCGUACCUCUUCUCUUUGCUUGUACUGCCAGUGCCAAAACGGUAGUAGCCAAUCCUUUAUUGCACCUUAGUAAUUUGACCCAUGAUGUACUGCAUGCCAUAAUAAACCUGGAUUCACCACCUCAUCCUGACGUCCAAAGCAAUAAAGUACAUGUCAUGCACACUUUAGCAGCAUCACUCUCUGCUUGCAUUUAUCAGUGCCUUUGUGGGGGCCAUAGUUACAGUUCAUUACAAGCAAAUCAAUUCACUGGAAUGGUCUAUCAGACACUGCUGCUCCCCCAAAGACAUUCUUUGACAAGAGCAAGCUUAGAUGAAACGGUGACUCCCAAUACCUCACCAUCUCAAUGGCCAGGAAUCAGUGCUCUGAUUUGCCUUUUGAACUCAGCCGGAGAGGAAGCCCAGUCGGGGCUCACGGUCCUCCUGUGUGAAAUCCUCACAGCAGUGUACCUGAGUCUCUUCGCCCACGGUCUGGCGACACAUUCUAGCAAUGAGCUCUUCCGCAUCGUAGCUCAUCCUCUAAACGACAAAAUGUGGUCUGCUGUGUUUGGCGGAGGCGCUCACGUCCCUAGCAGAGGGCAAAAGAUGUCGAAAGCGGUCUCAGUGCCUCCUCCAAUGGAAGAUAGUGAAAAACAACAGAAACGCUUUAGGCCUUCGUCAAAGAUGUCUUCCAAAGAGUGCCUUCUAGAGACCCCUUCUUCAUCAGGAGUAGCCCAGGAAUCCUUGACUUACAAGGAGAAGUAUGUCCCUCCUGAGCUGAGUAUCUGGGACUACUUUAUAGCAAAGCCUUUUCUUCCACCAUCCCAAAAUAAAGUAGAGUAUGAUUCAGAGGAGAGUCAGGAAAGUGAAGAUGAAGAAGAUGGUUUUACCACAGAGUUACACUUCCAAGAACACUCUAAUUGCAAUUCUUACAGUUGGUCAUUGAUGCGAUUGGCUAUGGUACAACUGGUACUUCAUAAUUUGAAGAACUUCUACCCACUGGCUGGGCACGAUCUUUCAGAGCUUCCUGUUAGCUCCCCGCUGUGUCACGCAGUUCUGAAAGUUCUUCAGCGAUGGGAGCAAGUUCUUCUCCGAAGACUUGAAAUCCACGGCGGGCCGCCCCCAAACUACAUUUCCAUCCACCCCUCUGAAGAAAACUUAGCGGCAGGUCCUGCGAUUCUUCGCCAUAAAGCUUUGCUUGAACCGACAAACACUCCUUUCAAGUCUAAUCAUCAUCAAGCGCUGUCUGUGAAGAGGCUUUGGCAGUACUUAGUGAAGCGGGAAGAAGUUCAAGAAACCUUUAUCAGAAAUAUAUUUACAAAGAAAAGGUGCCCAAAUGAGUCGUUAGAGGACCACAAUGAAAUCGUCAAAAAUACUAUGAUGGAAGAGCCAACCAGCAACAAGAUAGAAGCAGAGCUGGGAUAUCCUGGAGGCAAAGCAAGAAUUAUACAUAAAGAAUCUGACAUUAUUACUGCUUUUGCUGUUAAUAAAGCAAAUCGGAAUUGCAUAGCAAUUGCUUCUAGCCACGACGUCCAAGAACUAGAUGUUUCUGCUAUUCUGGCUACACAAAUCUAUACCUGGGUGGAUGAUGAAAUGGAAGCAGAGACAAAAGGUGCUGACGAUUUCUUGGUCAUACACACUCGUGAAGAUAUAGCACCUGUUCAAGGUACCACACCUUACACGCCUAGUAAUCCUGGCACGCCGAUCAACAUGCCCUGGCUUGGAAGUACACAGACUGGCAGAGGGGCGUCUGUGAUGAUUAAGAAAGCUAUUAAUAACGUCAGAAGAAUGGCUUCUCACCCGACACUUCCUUACUAUCUGACUGGAGCUCAAGAUGGAAGUGUGAGGAUGUUUGAGUGGGGACAUUCCCAACAAAUAACUUGUUUCCGAUCUGGUGGUAAUUCGAGGGUGACGAGAAUGAGAUUUAACUAUCAGGGAAAUAAGUUUGGAAUUGUUGACGCUGAUGGAUACAUAAGUCUGUAUCAGACCAACUGGAAGUGUUGUCCAGUUACAGGAAGCAUACCUAAACCAUACCUGACAUGGCAGUGUCAUAGCAAAACAGCAAAUGAUUUUGUUUUCAUCAGCUCCUCUUCUUUGAUAGCCACAGCUGGUCUGUCUACUGAUAACAAGAACAUAUGUUUAUGGGAUACUCUUGUGGCACCAGCUGAUAGUUUAGUACAUGCUUUUACCUGCCAUGAUAAUGGAGCUACCGUGCUGGCGUAUGCUCCGAAACAUCAGCUCUUACUCUCAGGAGGCAGAAAAGGCUUUACGUGCAUGUUUGAUCUGCACCAAAGGCAGCAAAGACAGUUUUUCCAAAGCCAUGAUUCUCCAGUUAAAGCCAUUGCCGUGGACCCAACUGAGGAUUAUUUUGUCACGGGAUCUGCCGAAGGCAACAUAAAGAUUUGGAGCUUAUCCACCUUUAAUCUUCUCCACACUUUUAUCAACGAACACGCUCGACAGUCGAUCUUCCGAAACAUCGGAACCGGAGUAAUGCAGAUCGAGACUGGACCGGCCAAUCACAUUUUCUCCUGUGGAGCCGACGGUACGGUGAAGAUGAGAAUUUUGCCCGAUCGAUUCAGCCCCUUAAACGAAGUGUUGAAGAAAGAUGUCAAAUUUAUGCUCUAACAUUUUUGGCCCCAGUAUGUAAAAACUUCUUAAAUACCUGAUUUCAUGGACAUGGCCCUAGUAGAUAUGAUGUUCGAUGAUGGCUUUAGAGUCGGUGACCAAAAAUAGCUGUUGCUUUCUCGUGUUCAUAUUUAUUGUAUGGAGCUUUGCCAGGGAUGCAUCGAUGCCUUAAUGAAAACAAGGUUGUUCAGAAUUUGAUUAUAUUGCCUAAAGUAGGAAGGAUAUGUAAGUCUGUAAUAUAUAUAUUUAUAAUUCAGGUAUGAUGGUGUUAAAGUGUUUCUUCCCCCUCCCUGCCUUUCCUUUUUUUUAAAAAAAAGCAAACAAAAAACCUUUCAUAGGCAUCGUUACCUGAGAUUCCUUCGUGAACCACUUAACUCAACCUGAAGGCUUGUUCACUUUGAAGGCUAUAACCAAAUCCUUUUGGGGCCAAAUGAAAGUAUAUCCCAAUUGCCCUCUUUCCAAUUGGUGAGAGGUGAAUGGUGGGUUAAGGGAACAAGUUAGAGAAGACUUCUGAAUUCAAUUGUCGGCCCUGCUCCCCUCCACUAGAGCCCAGGUUUAGUAACUGCACAAUUCACCUGAGCUUAGUCUUCAUCAUGUUCCCAAGAGAAAUUUAAUGUGUGUCUUGUGCUGUGAUAAGAUGUACUGCCACCAGGAUGGCGAAGUUUUUUGUACUUAGAACAAAAAUGCCUACAUUUUUAAACUUGAAACCCCUCACCAAAUAUUGCAAGAAACCUCCCUCCAAAAACAUGUUUGAAUGUAAAGGUUUCAAAGAAGAAAUGUUAGCCUUAGAAAGUAUGGAAAAUUAUAUAGAAGUAGAUGAUAGGAUAGGAUUUUAGUUUGGUUAAAAGGUUAUUUAUUUAAGCACCUAUCAAAAUGGACACAAAUAGGAAUUUUACCUGUGCGUCUCUUGAUUGUUUUUUGUUUUCUUUUUUCCUCAUGCAAAGUUUCCUUCCAAAACAGACCCAAUGUAAUAGCAUGUGAAGGACACUGCUCUUAGGUCUACCGUAAAUAGACGAAUGCAAAAGAGAUCUUUGGGACUUUUUUUUUUUUGGCCAAAAUGAACAAUUUCACAAUUUACAUGUUUUGACCAAAAUCUAACAAAUGUACAAAGCCUGUACCUUUUUUAGUGUGCUUCUAUUAUUUCUGUAACUACUUUGGGCUGUAUCUUUUCUCACUUGAAAGUUGUAGAAAGCUUGAGAAAAACCACUUGAUUUUUACCAAUGAGACUGAUAGCUGAAGGAUUUGUUGCGUAAUCUGUAAUUGUUUUGCUUAAAGGUGUGUUAUGGAAGACCUGAAAUGCGAAGCAUUUUUGUACCAUAUAAGUUUGACAGAUGUCAUCCUGGAGAUUAGCGGGACAAAUAAAGCAAAUAAAUUGAAGGGCUGGUAAAAUGAGUUUUGUAAUAUUCUCAGGAUACUUUUAUCUUAAAAGUAUGUGGCUAGAGAUUUUGUAAAUUGUACUACAUUUUCAAUGUGUUGAGCCAGUUGCAGUGCAAACACUAUAGUGGAGGAUUUUUAAUGGAUGUAGUUCCCUGAACUUAAUUGUGCAAUAACCAUAUAUGUAAAUAUUUUGCCAUAGAUAAAUCUGAGACAGCAUUGCAGAGUACCAAUUUAGCUAUUAGACCUAACUAAAUUAGAGUUAUUCUUGAUCAAUAUUCUACUUGCCCAACAUCAAGAUUUCAAAGGCUUUCAGCAUACUUUUACUAAGAGAAAAGCAAUAUGUCUGGGAAGCAUUGUGUGCUUUAAUUGGGGUUUCUAAUAACCGUUACAUAAUGUUCAACCCUUAUGUAUUUACCCCAGAGUCAUAGUAUUUUAAAAUAAACAAUCACGCAGAGAUGUUU